AAAUCCUAUAAAUAAAAAUGGUUUUUUAUCAGUGUUUCAAAGUUCACAGUUACUGUUAUUUUAUGAAAACGAGCAAAAAAUGGCUGGUAUUGUAUUAGGAAAGGUAGCUUUCGUUACUGGAGCUGCAAGUGGAAUUGGGAAAGCAACUUGCCAAAUAUUAGCUAGGGAAGGUGCUAAAGUGAUUGCUGCAGAUAGAAAUUUAAUAGGUGCCAAAGAAACUGCAGCUUCUUUAAAGAACCAAAAUGAUCACUUGGGUGUUUUGGUUAAUGUGAAUGAAAAAGAAACAAUUCAAGAUGCUCUUGAGAAAACUGUUGAAAAGUACAGAGAACCACCAUCUGUAAUUGUUAAUUGUGCUGGAAUUACUAGAGACAACUUUUUAUUAAAGUUAUCUGAAGCUGAUUUUAAUGAAGUUAUUGAUGUUAAUCUUAAGGGUACUUUUUUGAUGAUUCAAACUUUCGCUAACGCAUUGGUGGAUAGAGGAAUUAGAAAUGGAUCAAUUGUAAACAUUUCAAGCAUUGUUGGAAAAUAUGGUAAUUUGGGGCAAUGUAAUUACGCAGCAAGUAAAGCUGGUGUUGAACUUUUAACAAAAACAGCUUCAAAGGAGUUUGGAAAAUUUGGAAUUCGUUGCAAUACAGUUUUACCAGGUUUCAUUAAGACUCCAAUGACAGAAAUCAUUCCGGAUAAAGUUAAAAGCAAAGUGAUUAGUACCAUUUCUAUUGGAAGAUUUGGGAAUGUUGAAGAGGUAGCAGAAGUUAUUUGCUUUUUAUCAUCUGAUAAAAGUUCCUUUAUUAAUGGUGCCUCUAUUGAGGUAACUGGUGGGAUGUAAAAAGAAUAAAAUAUAAUUUUUAUUUAAAAUAAAAUUUAUUUACACUAUACAUUUAUGCAUAAAAUAAAAAUCAAAGUUAUAAAAAAAAAUUUGACAUUUAUUGAAUAAAAGAACGUAUCCAAUAAAAAAAAACCUAGUCAGUCAACGUCGAUAUCGAUCGUGGCGCCGCCAAUAAACAAAACUGGAAAUCAACGGAAUCCCGUUGGCACACUUUGCGCGUGUUGGAGUCGCCCUACUUAUCACUUCACAAACCGCUCUUGACGCGGACGGGUUCCGCAACACCAUCUUCAUCUUCGCCUUUUCAUUUUUCGUUAAAACACUAAUAAAAAAAAUUACUACCUACCCCAUAAUUACCAUUGCUUUCGUCCGAUUUCACUAUGUUAUGUCAUUUACUUUUUUUUGACAUUUCUCGUCCGCAGUUUAACGUCAAAAAAUAGUUUGCAACGCCAAAAAAGAAAUUAAGAACCGUAAUAUUAAGAGAAGAAAUUCGCUGAUAGUAAAUUUU